CCUCUUGGCAUCUAAAACUCAUCGUUCUCCAUUGAAUACAGUCAUCUUCAUGAUAAUCACCCAACGGCCAAACACGCACUCACACACACACACACACACACACACACACACACACACACACACUCACACACAACACACACACAUCUGUCAGUUGCAUCAGAUAAUUGUGUGAUGUACGCAGGGAGAAAUGGGGCACCACCAUAACAGCCACCACCACCACACCGCCGCGGCGGCGGCAGAUGAUGGCGGCGGUUUGUCGCAGCGUGUCAAUAGCCCACGAUUCUCCGGCCCAAUGACCCGCAGAGCACACUCCUUCAAGCGAAACAACAACAACAACAACAACUCCUCACAGAGCACCAACAACGGCAACAGUACCAGCGGCAGCAGCCACCACCAUGAAAUCAUUGAUCUCCAGCUCAACUCCCCCAGAUCUGAAACCCCAGUUUCCGGCGACGGCCCCGAUUCUUCGCGGCCGGCCCACGUCAGCGGUGUGGCCCAUAGGGUUCACUUGAGAAGGAAGAUUUCAUCCUUGAGUGUCGACUUGGGCGGAUUCGGGUUGGAGUUGAAGGGGAAGAAAAAAUUAGGGCAAUGGAUGUUUCUCAUGUUUUGUGGGCUGUGUUUGUUUCUCGGCGCCGUUAAGAUUUGUGCUACCGGCUGGUUCGGAUCCGCCAUUGAUAGAAUUGGAAGCAAUCAGGACAUUUACGAUUCCACUACAAGUCAUCUAAGAAAUCAACAUGAUCAAGUCCCUCACGACUUUGCAUUUACGGGGAAAGGACAUGAUAAUGGGAUGAGAGAAAUCGAGGUGGAACAAACCCUAACAAUGGUAGCAUCUGGUGUUGUGAAUACUCGUGAUAAUGUGGCUGAUCAUUCAGAGAUAUGGUCCCAUCCAAAUAGUGAUAAUUUCACUCAGUGCAUUGGUCGACCAAAACACAAAAAGCUGGAUUUGAAAACAAACGGUUACCUUCUGACGAAUGCAAACGGUGGAUUAAAUCAGAUGAGAUUUGGGAUAUGUGAUAUGGUUGCUGUUGCCAAAAUUAUGAAGGCCACUCUCGUUCUUCCCUCUCUCGAUCACACAUCAUAUUGGGCUGAUGACAGUGGUUUCAAAGAUCUCUUUGACUGGCAAUACUUCAUCGAGUCACUACAAGGCGAUGUUCACAUAAUUGACUCGUUACCCCCCGAAUAUGCUGGUGUCGAACCCUUCUCAAAAACACCAAUUUCUUGGUCUAAGGUUAGUUACUACAGAACAGAGGUUGUUCCACUGUUACAGCAGCACAAAGUGAUGUACUUCACUCACACCGAUUCUCGUCUAGCCAACAAUGGACUCCCCACUUCUAUCCAGCGAUUGAGAUGCCAAGUUAACUACCGAGCCCUAAAAUAUUCCGCCCCAAUUGAAGAUCUUGGCAAAACUUUAGUGUCGAGGAUGCGUCAAAACGGCGGCCCUUAUCUCGCACUUCAUUUAAGGUACGAAAAGGACAUGCUUGCUUUCACAGGAUGCAGCCAUAAUCUGACUGCCGAAGAAGACAACGAGCUAAGACAAAUGCGAAACGAGGUGUCACAUUGGAAGGAGAAAGAAAUCGACGGUGCAGAAAGGAGAAAACUCGGCGGUUGCCCUUUGACUCCAAGAGAGACAGCCCUCUUGCUUAAAGCACUCGGCUUUCCAUCGAGCACUAGAAUAUACCUUGUGGCCGGUGAAGCAUACGGAAACGGGAGCAUGCAAUAUCUCACCGACACUUUCCCUAAUAUCUUCUCACACUCCUCUCUCUCUACCGAGGUAGAGCUGAAUCCGUUCAGACAUCACCAGAACAUGCUAGCUGGUCUGGAUUACGUUGUUGCCCUCGAGAGUAAUGUUUUCGUUUACACUUACGAUGGUAAUAUGGCCAAGGCUGUACAGGGUCAUAGGCGUUUCGAGGGUUUCAAGAAAACCAUUAAUCCAGACAGGAUGAAUUUCGUGAAAGUGUUGGAUGAAUUUGACGAGGGGAAGAUAAGUUGGAAAAAGUUCAGCUCGAAAGUUAAGAAGCUUCAUAAGGAUCGUAAUGGAGGCCCGUAUACGAGAGAGCCCGGUGAGUUUCCGAAGCUGGAAGAGAGUUUCUAUGCAAACCCUUUACCUGGAUGUAUUUGUGAGAGAAACCCUGAAGAUAGAAGCUGAUAAAGAUUCCCAGUUGAGAUUCCACAAGGGUAAAACUGACAUUUCAAAAGCAGGGCAGUGUGAAGUGAAAGCAGCCUCCUCUACUACAAAAGUUGGUAAAGGAAAGUACUUUUUUGCCAUAUUUUGCAAUUUAAUUGAUUGGACAUAUUUUCCACUGAUUUAUAGCUUUAUACUUCUACCAUAUAUGUUGUAUUAGCAUUUAGCAAAGUACUUAAACGAACAUAACAUUAUAUACAACUUCCAUGAUAAUCUGUUUUUGUC